CUCUCUCUCCUCUCCCUCUCUCCCUCUCUCUAGCACUGCAAAACCAUCUCUCUUUCUCCCUCUUCGCGCUGUAAAGCAAAGAGAUUCUUCCAUGGCGAAGAGGAAGCGAGAGAAGGACGAGAACCAAUCAGAAGACAGAGAAGAAGAAGAAGAAGAAGAAGAAAAGAAUGGUCAGAGGGACCCACUGGAGUGGAUGGGUACGGACAUAAUGUCAAUGGUACUGAACAACCUCGACGCACACAGCUUGGCACUUUCUCGCCUUGUCUCCCGACGCUGGCUCGCCAUCGCCUCCAGCGAUCGCCUCUGGGCCUCCAAGUGUGAGGAAUUGUGGCUUCAGAAAGCACACAUACCUCGCUUGUCGCAGGGUCACGGGUUGACGAAGUUGGCGGCCUAUUCCUUAUCGGUCAUGGAUGGAAAGCGAAAACGCAUUACGAAGUAUGAUCUCUGUGACCAUGUUUGGGAGUUUCACUUUAACAAGGCAGCUCCAGAUUAUUGGCGUAAUCUUGAUCCUUACUGGAAAGGUUGUGGCCCUCUUCCGCACCGGUACUUCCAUCCCGACGGGAGCCUAACUGCAGACCCUGGUGAUAAGACAUGGGGUGGCCAUGAAAGCUGUUAUUGCAUAGUUACUAGUUAUGUUGGUGAAGAAAAUAUCAGGGAACACUACGUGAGGAUAAACAGAUGGCCAAGAAUGUUGGUAUACAGAAAGCAGGAUUGGAGCUGGAAGAUGUCCAACAAGCUGUAUUGCUACUCGAGCAUUCCUGAUGCUCAUAAACAAGGGGGAACUGGGCCACUCUUUUCAGCUUUUUAAAUGUGGAUAUCCUCCAAACUGUACAUUUUAUUUUGAAGUGGUUCAGUAUAAAAGGUGCUCUUAUUGGUUGCAGUUUCUUUUCUUUUCUUUUUUUUUUUUUUGUUUGUUUUUUUUGUUUUAUGCUUGUGAAUAUUGUAUGUAAUGG